UACUUUGAGUUUUUUUUUUUUUUUUGAAAGAACCUUAAGUUCAUUUAACUAGAAAAAUAGAUGGGAACCACAUGGGGAGUUCCCUCCCCUUGAUACAAAACGGCUUGAUCAAUAGCGACUCUAGCGCUUAAAGUACUUUGAGUUUGAACCACACUGAGAUAACAGAAUUACACACGACCUUCAUCCUAUCACCAACACUUUAGAACCCAACUUAAUUAAGAAGCACAUUACAAAGAGAUCUAAUAGGAGGUAAAUCUCCCAUCUACAUCCUGAUAAGUCUGCAUGAUCCCAAGUUUUUGUCAGAAAUAUUGGAGUAUAGUGGGGCCAAAGGUGGUGAGUUGGGUUUGUAAUUUUUUUGGGGACUCGAAACGAAUAGCGUUGAUUCCUAUGAAGAAAUCCUCAACGCAGAAUGAAUUGGCUAAUGCUAUUGUUUUCUAAAAAAAAAAAAAAAAAAUUGGCUAUUUUCGCAAGAAAGUGAAAAUUUGGGGGCACUAAUGCGUAAACUAAAAAACCAGUGGCAAAGUAGUACAGUAAAAAAAUAUUUGAAGGGUUAUUUGUGAAAUAAAUAAAUCCUUCCGAAAACGACAACAACAGUUAAAUCUCUUGAGUCAAAGAGUUCGGCACUCCUCGCCAUCGCCACCGUCUUCUCCGGUCAUAUUGAUUUUGAUAUUUGUUUUUUUCGAUAAACGGUCAUAUUUAUAUAUUUGAAAAAUAAAUAAAAUAAUAAAAUAAAUGUGUUGUGAUGCGAAAUCAGUACAGAAAUUAUAAUCCUACGAUCAGACUCAGACGCCAAGUAAUGCCCAAUCCAUUAUCGAAAGCCCUCACUCCUUCUCGCCUCAAAGACCUUCUCUUCAUCUUCUCUCUCCUCUUCCUCCUCUACCUUCUCUUCCGCCAAAUCCCACCGCAGCUCCCGCUUCCUUCCUCCGACGUCUCCCUCGGCCCCACCGAGCGCCGCCACCUCGUCAUAGCCGUCGCUUCCUCCUCCCGCUCCUGGCCACUCCGCAAACCCUACGUCCGCCAAUGGUACUCCCCUAAAUCGACGCGUGCCUUUGUCUUUCUCGAUCAACUUGCUGAGUCAGAUCUCGGUGACGGACCCGACAGUUCCUUGCCGCCGGUAAUCGUGUCCGAGGAUACUUCCCGCUUUCCGUACAGUUUCCGGGGAGGACUCCGGUCUGCUAUCCGGGUCGCACGUGUGGUGAAGGAGGUCGUCGAUCGCGGUGAGCCGGAUGUUAGGUGGUUUGUGUUUGGGGAUGAUGACACGGUCUUCUUUGUGGAUAAUUUGGUCAAGACUCUGUCGAAAUACGACCAUGAUCGGUGGUUUUACGUCGGGAGCAAUUCGGAGAGCUAUCAGCAGAAUGUGAAGUACUCAUUUGACAUGGCGUUUGGCGGUGGAGGCUUCGCCAUUAGCCACUCUCUGGCUAAGGCUCUGGCUAAGGUUUUUGAUUCUUGCUUGGUGAGGUAUGCCCACUUGUAUGGAAGCGAUGCUAGGAUUUUCUCGUGCGUGGCAGAGCUUGGCGUUGGGAUAACCCAUGAACCUGGGUUUCAUCAGGUUGAUCUCCGUGGGAAUCUGCUUGGAAUGUUGUCUGCGCAUCCAUUGUCACCUUUGUUGUCACUGCAUCAUCUGGAUGCUGUUGAUUCAAUCUUCCCCAAAAUGAACAGAACUCAAGCUUUUGAACAUUUGUUUGAAGCUGUAAAUGUUGACCCUACCCGGAUUUUGCAGCAAACAGUCUGUUAUGAUAGUUCACAUUCGUUGACUGUUUCUGUGGCAUGGGGAUAUGCUAUUCAGGUAAUUGAAGGCAACAAGCUCCUCCCAGAUCUUUUCUCUCUUCAGAAAACUUUUACACCAUGGCGGAGGAGUGGUAGUGUAGAGGCAAGCCAAUAUAUGUUUACAACGAGAGACUAUCCCAGAGAUGCAUGUAAGAGACCUGCUGUCUAUUUUAUGGAAAGUGUCACCUCUGUAAACGAUGGAAUUCAAAGCAACUAUGCCAGAUUUAAGGAACGGAAUUGCCCCAAAGCUAAUGCAAUAGAAAAUCUUCAAAAUAUUAGAGUGUAUUCAAAGAAGCUAGAGCUUGACAUUGAACAGAUGAAGGCUAUACGUCGCCAGUGCUGUGACAUUUUGCCUGCUUUCAACAAUUCAAUGAUAAUUAACAUUCGACAAUGUGGGGUUGAUGAACUAAUUUAUAUGCAUUCCUAGCCUCCUCUUCGAAUAUUUGCUCUGGAAAAAUAUGAAUUGCGAAUGUCAGAUUAUGUAGGAGCAAUUCUGUCAUCUUAGUGAAGUUCAGAAGGUAAAUUGUGUGGUGAUUUCAUUCUUUCCCUUUUCUUUUUAUUCCCUUUUCCUUCAUUGGUUAUGUUUGGAAGUUGGAAAUUCUUAGGAAAUCACCUUCAGAUGCAGUUAGAUAAUUUCUGUCACUCUUUUUGUAUCAAAUGUUGGGUAGUUAUCUAUAUUUCUCUGCACCCAACAUAAGUAGGUUUUUUUAAAUUGAAAAUAGUUGCAUUUAAUGUGGAACCAUUUCAGCACAAACGUGUUCAAUCGUAAAUUAGGAACAUUUUUACAAGAUAGAACAUAUAUUGUAUUGGCCUUCUUUGUGACGAAGGGCAUAACUCAUUUGAUUGGUUUAUCAGUAUCUCAUUUUUA